AUGGAUAAUUUAUUAAAAAACGAUAAUUAUAAUUUAGACCAUGCUGUAGCUGGAGCUACUAGUGGCUUUGUAACAAGAUUCCUUUGUCAACCUUUCGAUGUUGUGAAAAUUAGAUUUCAGUUACAAGUAGAACCUAUUGCUAACCAUCACGUUAGUAAAUAUCGUUCUUUACUACAAGCAUUUUAUAUAAUAUUUAAGGAAGAAGGUAUCUUUGCGUUUUGGAAGGGACAUGUUCCUGCUCAAUUACUGUCAAUAGUAUAUGGAACAAGUCAGUUUUAUUCAUAUAAUAUACUUAUGAAUGGAUCUUAUAAUUUUUCAUUACUAAAUGAAUGGAAAUAUACAACAAAAUUUAUAGCUGGUGCAGGUGCUGGUUUUAUAGCCAUAAUUGUGUCAUUUCCAUUUGAUACUAUAAGAACUAGAUUAGUGGCACAAUCAAGCAAUCAUCAAAUCUACAAGGGAAUUUUUCAUUCAUGCAGGUGUAUUAUACAAUAUGAAUCUCCAAAGACUUUUUUUCAUGGAUUAUUACCAACUUUGUUGCAAGUUGCACCACAUACAGGUCUGCAAUUUGCAUUUUAUGCAUUUUUCACUGAUACAUAUAAGAACUAUUACAAUAAAACUGAUACUAGUAUUAACAAUUCUAUAAUAUCUGGUAGUGUAGCUGGUCUAUUAGCUAAAACUGUAGUAUAUCCCUUUGAUCUCAGUAGAAAAAGAUUACAAGUACAAGGAUUCAAAAAUGGUAGAAAUGGGUUUGGUACUUUUUUUGAAUGUAAAGGAUUUGUGGAUUGUUUAAAAUUAGUUAUAAAAAACGAAGGCUUAACAGGUCUAUUUAAAGGUUUGACCCCAAGUCAAUUAAAAGCUGUUAUGACAACAGCAUUACAUUUUACAAUAUAUGAGCAAAGUUUAGUAGCAUUAAGAAAAUUAAGGUUACAUAUUUCAGAAUAG